UUAAGUUUAACAAGAGUAGAAGAAGAAGCGGAAAGGGUAAUUGAUUGUGUUGAUUGAAGCAAGGAUGAAUUCCAUUUCACUUAUUAGCAUGUCUGCUCCUAUUAUUAUUACAAAUACAAAUACAAAAAAAUCAGAAUUUCUGUCAGGAAAAUGGAAACCCCAACUAUCCUCUUUAAAGUGCAAGUGCAGCGCGUCACAGUCAGAAACCGUUUAUCAAGGCAUUUAUGGCCCUUGGACCAUCCAACACUCCGAUAUUCGAGAGGUAAUUUUGUAUAGAUCAGGAUUAGUAACUGCAGCUGCUUCAUUCGUUCUUGCAUCUUCUACGGCUUUGCUUCCCAAGGAUUCAGUUAUUAGCAACUUGAUUGAGAGAAAUAUUGAUUUAUUCUAUGCAAUUGGAUCGUGCGGACUUGGCCUAUCAUUAUAUCUUAUUCACAUUUAUGUCACUGAAAUUAAACGUACUCUUCAAGCUUUAUGGUUGCUCGGUGCUCUUGGAUCAUUGGCAACAUAUUCUGCCCUUGCUCAGCCAGCUCACAAGAAUUUAGUUCAAUAUGUUGUCGAGAAUCCAACAGCUGUUUGGUUUGUCGGACCACUAUUUGCAGCAUUGACAGGACUUGUCUUCAAGGAAGGACUUUGCUAUGGAAAGUUGGAAGCUGGUAUUCUGACAUUUGUCAUCCCUUCCCUCCUACUGGGGCACCUGACUGGUGUGAUGGAUGAUGGAGUAAAGAUUACCCUAUUGAGCACAUGGAUGGCACUGUUUGUGGUCUUUGCUGCGAGGAAGUUCACUCAGCCUAUCAAGGAUGAUAUAGGAGACAAAUCAGUAUUCAUAUUCAACGAUCUGCCAGAGGGAGAAAAAGCUAAUCUGAUUGAGAAACUUGGACAGCAAGAGUACACUAAAAAUGAACCUUGAUUAGGAUGUAUACUAGUCUUAUCCCUCACUGAAUGCUACUUGUAUAGUUGUAUACUAGUCCCAAUAUAUCUAAUAUAUAGAAACAUGAGCAAAGGUGCUGUGUUCAACAUGUAUGCUUAAUGCCAUUUUCUUUUUGUUCAAUGGUACUAUUUUGGACUUCUUGCAUUAGUUAAUGAAAUGUGACUUUUAAUCUCGAAGUGAAAAGCCACGUAUCAUUUGCCA